AUUUGUUUCUCUUCUUUCAAUAGAUUAGGGACACUUACUGUUUAUUUUGCCUCUUCUUUGCCAUUUUCUUUUGCUUACAACAAACACUCUUCUGCUUUUUUUGAGUUAUUUUUUGACAAAUUAUUUAAUUAUUUAUUCGUUAAUUUUGUGUAAUAUAUUCAACCUGUUACCCUGUGUUUUAAUUUAAUUGACAUUCAAUGGAUUAUAGUAAUAAAAAUAGAAAUCCUAAUUUUAAUAGAUAUUUCUUCAGCUACAACUAUGUAAAUGGAUGUCGAGUCUAGAGAGAGGGGAGACAAUGGCCUCCAGUUCAUCUUCGGCCAGUCCAACAUGUACAGUGUCAACAUCUUUUUCAGUUGUUGGUUCAUCAGGGGCUGGUAAUAUGACAAGCGGUGUCGGUGGGGGCAAUGGUAUGCCCGGAUCAGGACCACCGCCCAAUAAAAGGAUUAAAUUAAGUGAUUCUACUGAUUCUCUACCUGGUCCAAGUGAUUCACAACUAUGGGAACUGGAAAGCAAUCUACCUGAUGAGCUAGCCUCAGCACCAUCCUCAUCUUCAAACGCUCCAAGCGCCUAUGACUCUUUAACCAACAAUGGUUCAUUGCUGGCCACAAAUGUUACUCUGAUAAACUCUAAUAUUCCCAUGUCCCAUAUAGGUAUAUCAUCUUCGGCGAAUGUUGUAAAUACUACUUCUGUAACCUCAAAUGUCACCAGUUUACCGCCACCAUCUCAACUUCAGACCCAACAAACACCGCAACAACAGCCUAAUCCACAACAGCAACAAACGUCACUGCCGGCUCAAAAUCAUCAACAAUUGUCACAACUUCUCCAAGCCAAGACCCAGUCACCCAAUGUAUCAGUACAACAACAGAAGUUAAUCCCUACCACCAUUCAGCCUCAAAUGAUCGGUGGAAUGGUGCCGGGAUCACGUCCAGUUCUUCAAAAUCAACUUAGAUACACGAAUCCUCCAAAUAUCCAACAGCAACCUCCUCAGCAGCAACAAACCCAUAUGCAAUUGUUGUCACCACAGUAUAUGCCUCAUCAAAACUUUGGCUCAUCACUGUACUCUGACAACCAAAAGCAGCAGCAAGUUCAGCAGCCUCAACAGCAGCCAGGGCAGGCUAGAAUGCCUCAGCAGCAAGGUCCAUUUAGAUACACUCCACCACCAUCUUCUCAGUCAUUAAAUCAACCUGGACCUCAGUUGCUUCAGGCUCAACCACAGAACUCUCCACAAGCUGUUGGUCAAUUGACGUCUGCACCACAAUCUAAUCAACCUGGACAUUCAUCUGAAGCUGAGAAAAGGAAACUUAUUCAACAGCAAUUAGUUUUACUUCUUCAUGCUCAUAAGUGUCAAAGGAGGGAACAAGAACAACAAAAUGGGACCGGUGGUCAACAGAGAUCCUGUGCUCUGCCUCACUGUCGUACCAUGAAAAAUGUACUUAACCAUAUGACCGGUUGUACAGCGGGUAAACAAUGUAAUGUUUCUCAUUGUGCAAGCUCUAGGCAAAUUAUAUCUCAUUGGAAAAAUUGUACUCGUCCUGAUUGUCCUGUUUGUUUGCCGUUAAAACAAGCCUCUGAUCGCAGGCAGCAACAACAACAAGUUGCCACCUUGUUAUUAAAUCAGCCUUUACCUAAUCCGCAACAGGCUCAAAUACCAAACUCCCAACUUCCCAAUGCUCAGACGCCUCAACCGCAAUCACAGCCUCAGCCUCCUCCUCCGACUCAGUUUUCACAACAGCCUCAAAAUGUUGACUUUCAAAAAGCUUACAUAGCAUUGGGUUUACCUUUCAAUAAUCCCAGUAGUACUUCACCACCGUCAGGACAAAUCACUGGAAGAAUACCUGGUUUUCCACCAAUAACGGAUCAGCUUCUUGACCCGAGGCAAGCUAAAGAUUGGCACACUUCGGUACCAAUGGAGCUUCGUAAUCAUCUGGUGCAAAAAAUAGUACAAGCCAUCAUCCCAACUCCUGACCCAUCGACUUUCAAAGAUAGUCGCAUGGUAACAUUCAUAGGAUAUGCUCGUAAAGUUGAAGGGGACAUGUAUGAGAAAGCUAAUUCCAGAGAAGAAUAUUAUCAUCUGCUAGCUGAAAAAAUUUAUAAGAUGCAAAAAGAGUUAGAGGAUAAAAGGCAAAAGAGGAAAGAACAGAAAGCUGCUGCUGCACAAAAUUCAGGCCAAGAUGUAAAUGCCUUGCAGAUUAAUCCUAAUCAAAUAAACGCAAAUAGACCGCCACAACAAAUGUUAGCGCAGCAACCUCUUCAGCCUCAAACACCUAAUGCUGGACCACCAACACCUCAAUCUAUCAGUCAACAACAACCAACACAACCACCUAGACCUAGACUUAAUUUAUCUGGCGCUCCGCCAAAUGUCUCAUUACAAUCACCAUCUAGAUUUCCCUCUCAAUCUAAUCAAUUGCCUCCAGGUUCAUAUUUUAUUUCACCUCCUGGUCCACAAGCUCAAGCUACAUCUCAAAUACAGAUUAGGUCGAAUUCUAAUGGUAAUUUCAUUACCAAUUCUAAUACUGGUAACACUUUACAAGGAAUGCUUCAACAACAGCCCACAACACCUCAACCUCUCACAUCGACAGCGACACCACCUCCACCUCGGUGUGCCUCUGUACCAACUUCAACACCCCAAGCUUUAACCAAUCAAACCCUCCAAUCUCACCAAAAUAGAAUGUCAAGAGAUGAGAUUGAGAGUUCUAUGCCAACUCCUCAACCAUCUCUUCAGAAUACAUCACAACCAACACAGCAACCGGGACAACAGUCUAUGGUAGACUUGCAGAAUCAACAACAGCUCAGUAGGCCUCCAUCUCAAAUGCAACCCAUUGAACAACAAGUUGUGAUAAAAAGUGAACCAAUAGAUGAUGUGUUAUCAACAAGUUCAUUAUCAUCAACAACUAAUGGAAUAACAUCUAGUUCUGUUGUGAAACAAGAGGCCGUAUCCACGUGUGAUGACAGUAUACCUUCACUUAUGAAAAUGGAAACUAGUGUGUCAACAGUUUCUAAUAGUAUUAAACCCGAAGUUAAGAAAGAAGAAUCUGAAGACUCUAUUUCAACAACAACAGAUCAAAAGCCAAUAAACUCUGUCUCAACACCAUGUGAAAAAAGUGAAAUUGAUGUUAAGCAACCAAUAACUACAACAUCUACACCGUCCGCUAUUUCAUCAACAAUAUCCAAAAGUACCUCAGGGCCGAGACAAAGAAAGGUUUUCAAACCUGACGAAUUAAGACAAGCUCUGAUGCCUACUCUAGAAAAACUUUAUCGACAGGACCCUGAAUCACUUCCAUUCCGACAACCAGUGGAUCCUACUUUGUUACAAAUACCUGAUUAUUUUGACAUAAUUAAGAAACCUAUGGACCUAUCCACAAUUAAGAGGAAACUUGAUACAGGUCAGUACCAAGAUCCAUGGCAGUAUGUAGAUGACGUUUGGCUGAUGUUUGAUAAUGCAUGGCUUUACAACAAAAAGACAUCCAGAGUGUAUAGAUAUUGUACAAGGUUAUCCGAAGUGUUUGAACAAGAAAUAGACCCUGUCAUGCAAAGUUUAGGUUACUGUUGUGGUAGAAAACAUGUUUUCCAUCCUCAAGUUCUCUGCUGCUAUGGUAAACAGUUAUGUACAAUUCCUAGAGAUGCUAAAUAUAUGAAUUAUCAAAAUAGGAUAACUUAUUGUUUAAAAUGUUUCCAAGAAAUUCCUGGUGAUACGGUUACAAUAGGCGAUGGUUUAGGUCCUGAUAAUACUGUGUCUGGUACACAAACCAUUCCCAAGAACCAAUUUGUUGAAUGUAAAAAUGACCAUAUUGACCUGGAACCUUUCGUGGAGUGUAAAGAAUGUGCACGUAAAUUACACCAAAUCUGUGUUUUGCAUAUUGACCAAAUUUGGCCUGAAGGAUUUGUUUGUGAUGGUUGCCUUAAAGCAAAGGGCAAAAAGAAGAAAGAAAAUAAAUUCAGUGCUAAAAGACUACCCCAAUCGAAACUAGGCUCCUAUAUCGAGAAUCGUGUUAAUACAUUUUUAAGGAAAAAAGAAACAGGGGCUGGUGAAGUAUCCAUAAGAGUUGUCUCGAGUUCUGAGAAAAUAGUGGAAGUUAAAUCUUUAAUGAAACAAAAGUACGCAUUUAAAUAUAACGAGCCUGGUAAUGAAUUACCUAGUACGUUUCCUUAUCGCGCCAAGGCUUUAUUUGCCUUCGAAGAUUUUAAUGGUGUAGAUGUAUGUUUCUUUGGUAUGCAUGUUCAAGAAUACGGCUCUGAUGCUGGUCCUCCGAAUUCAAGGCGUGUAUAUAUAGCUUAUCUUGAUUCGGUUCAUUUCUUCUCGCCUAAGCAAUAUAGAACUGCUGUUUACCAUGAAAUUCUAUUAGGUUAUCUUGAUUACACUAAACAAUUAGGGUACACAAUGGCUCAUAUUUGGGCAUGUCCUCCUUCUGAAGGAGAUGAUUAUAUCUUCCAUUGUCAUCCACCUGAACAGAAAAUUCCUAAACCAAAAAGAUUGCAAGAAUGGUAUAAGAAAAUGUUAGACAAAGGAAUAAUCGAAAGAAUCGUGCUUGAUUAUAAAGACAUUUUAAAGCAGGCUUCCGAAGAUGGUCUUAAGUCAGCCACUGAUUUACCUUAUUUUGAAGGUGAUUUUUGGCCUAAUGUCAUCGAGGAAUCCAUCAAAGAGAUCGAAAUGGAGUUACAAAAACAGCAAAUACAAAGUUCGCAAAAAAUUACACCAUUAAUUAUGCCUCCGGCAGAACCAUCAACUCCUCAACAAGAUAGUAUUUUUAAUAAUUCAGGAAAUCCUACUGAUGACGAGUCAAUGGAUACGAUGAGUGAAUGUGGCGACAAGGCUGAUGGAAACUGCAGUAAACCUUCUGAUAUUUUAAGCCUUAAUUCUAAAAAUUCAAAUAGUAAAGACGGUUGUAAUAAUCAAAUAAAGCAACAGAAGAAAUCUGGAGGUAGCAAAAAAUCAAAUAAAAAACAAAAACAAAGGAAAAAUAAUGUGCAUUCAAGACAUAAAAGUGGAAGCAAUCAACUUGCAGUUGUACAGACAAAUUCCAGCCUUCAAUGGGAACAAGAGUUGACAAAUAAGAUCUAUCAAACUAUGGAGAAGCAUAAAGAAGUUUUCUUCGUUAUUCGUCUCCACUCAACGCAAUCUGCUGCCAGUUUGCCUCCUAUUAAUGAUCCUGAUCAAUCUUUAAAUUGUGAUUUAAUGGAUGGUAGAGAUGCAUUUCUCACCAUGGCCCGUGAGAAACAUUAUGAAUUUUCAACUCUUAGAAGGGCCAAAUUUUCCACCAUGGCAUUACUUUAUGAACUUCAUAACAGUGGCAAUGGUGGAUUUGUGUAUACUUGUAAUAAAUGUAAAAGACAUGUUGUUGAGACUCGAUAUCAUUGUACCGAAUGUGACGACUUUGACCUCUGUGUUACCUGUUACAAUAGUGAAGGCCAUAAUCACAAAAUGGAAAAACUUGGAUUUGGUGAUCUCGUUGGUGGUGUUGAUGGCGACGGUGCUGUUGCCGGAGCAGUUGUUGCCGGUGGAUCUGGAGAGCUUGAUAACCAUGGAGAUGGUACAAGUGGAUCCACUGUCACUUCCCCUGGUGAAUCUAGACGUCUGUCCAUCCAAAGAUGUAUUCAGAGCUUGGUCCAUGCUUGUCAAUGUCGUGACGCUAAUUGUAGAUUACCCUCAUGUCACAAGAUGAAAAGAGUUGUACAGCACGCUAAAAGUUGUAAGCGAAAAACUAAUCAAUCUGGUCCACCAAUGUCCCAAGGAGGGGGUGCAACAGGCUGCCCAAUUUGUAAACAGCUUAUCGCUCUUUGUUGUUAUCACGCGAAACAUUGCAAUGAACAAAAAUGUCCAGUUCCUUAUUGCUUAAAUAUCAAACAUAAAUUAAGACAACAGCAAUUACAACAGAAACUUCAACAACACCAAAUCUUAAGGAGAAGAAUAGCAACAAUGACUAGUAUUUCUCAAUCAGCUCAGCCUGCUGCUCAAACACAUGAUUACAGUCCUUCACCAGUGCAAACACCGCAGCAACAUUACAUGAAACCUGCAACUGUUACACCUCCACCUGUAGGUGCUCUUCAAGCUGUACAGCAAGUACAGGCAGCGGUUGCUCGUCAACAGCAACAGCAACAACACCAACCACCGCCUCAGCCAAAAGUCAUGUCUCAACAAAAUCCUUACGGUAAAGGAAAGCCUAUGAUACCAUAUCAACAGCAAUCUGUGCCUCAAGGCUCUCAACCUCAACCGCCGAGACCACACAUGGGAAUGCAGCCUCAUCCACCACAACAACAACAAAUGCAUCCUCAGCAGCUUCUGCAACAACAACAGCAAAAGCAACGAAUGCUUCUGGCCCAACAACAGCAACAGCAGCAGCAACAACAACAGCAGCAGCAACAGCAACAACAACAACAACAGGCGCAGCAACAACAACAGCAGCAACAACAGCAACCACCGCAACCGCAGCAACAACUCCAGUCACAACCAAUGCCACAACAGAUCCAAAUGCAGCAAGUUCAGCCUGGACAAAUAAUUCAAGCUAAUAAUCAGCAAUGGUAUCAACAACCACAGCCUCCCCAACAAUCUAGAUAUAUAAGAGUACCUCAAAAUAUCCCUAUGGCUUCCGCGGCUAAUACUCAACCUGGUGGUAAGCCCACACAAAUGAUGUCUCAACAACAACCUCAGGUCUUAAGACAGCAAAUGCCUGUUUCUUCUGGAGUACAGAUUCCUCAACAAGUGAUGCAAGGAAUGGGUGAACAACAGACACGGCAAGCACAAAAAAUGUCGAUACCACAGCAAUUUCAAAUGCAAGGGCAACAAAUGAAUCAAUCCGGGUCAGGAGGAGUUAGUACUCAAUCGCAAUCUCAACAACCAAUGAACAAUGUGAUGCAACAGUUGAUCACCAUGUUAAAAUCUCCAUCAUCUCAAUCGCAACAGCAACAAGUGAUACACAUACUUCAAUCUAAUCCUAAAUUAAUGGCUGCCUUUUUAAAACAAAGAAGUGCGACUCAUCAGAAUCAGGGCCAAAACCAAGCUCAGAAUCAAAUAUUCCAACAAAUUAACGCCAACCCUCAACAACCACAACAAGGCCCCUCUCCACAACAACAACAGCAAGUACAGCAACAACAGGUACAGCAGCAGCAACAACAACAGGUACAACAACAGCAAGUACAACAACAGGUACAACAACAAGUACAACAACAACAAGUACAGCAGCAGCAACAACAGCAGCAGCAGCAACAACAACAACAAAUGCAACCACAGCAGCAACAAAUUCAACAACAACAGUUGCAGCAGCAGCAAGCACCACAGCAACAACAACUUCAGAUGCAACAAGUGCAACCUGGUCAGCAUAUUCAAACGGGUAACCAACAGUGGUAUCAACAGCCACAACCUCCGCAGCAAACUAGAUUUGUUAGAGUACCUCAAAAUAUUCCUAUGGCUUCCUCGCCUAAUACUCAACCCGGAGGAAAGCCGCAACAAAUGAUGUCCCAGCAGACUCAACAGCAAGUCCUUAGACAACAAUUAAACAAUUAAACUAUAAUCAAUCUAUCAUCUAACUAUUAUCAAUCAACUAUUAUCAAAAAUUAACAAUUAUCUUAAACAAUUACCAAAUUGAUCAUUGUGUUUCAUUAAAUGGUGAAUACAUUAAAUUUGAAGACUUCAAAUGGCUUGCACGUUUACGCUAGUUAAAGAAACUUGGACAACUAUUUCGACAGAAAUAAUGUUUUAACUAGCGCAAGUAUUUGUAACAUACAUAUGUAUCAUUAAUACUAAUAUUGAAAUAAUCAGAAAUCAUUUUAUCGCCUCAGCUUCACAAUUCAUUUAAAGAUA